AUGAUUCAGAUCUUGGACCCGAGACCCUUGCCAAGCUCCAUCAUGCCGGUGGACGUGGCCAUGAGAAUUUGCUUAGCCCAUUCUCCACCACUGAAGAGUUUUCUCAGCCCCCUUGACGACUGUCAAAGAAACAACUUUGUGAACAGAUUCAAACCUCUCAGACCGUGUCUUCACGUGAAACGUGACUCCGAAGCUCAGAAGAGCGACUGGAACCACUCGGCAGCCCGAGCCAAGAAGCGAGUUGUGUUUGCAGACUCGAAGGGGCUGUCCUUGACAGCAAUACACACCUUCUCUGAGUUCCAGGAGCACCCUGGGUGGGAUCUUCAGUUUGACCUGUUAGGCCUUGAAGAUAUAACAUCUGACUUAAAGCUGCAUGAGGAGAAAAACUUGAUUCUGGGUUUCCCUCGGCCUGCUGCUGACUACCUGGACUUCAGGAACCGCCUGCAGAAGAACUUGGUCUGCCUGGAGAACUGCACCCUGCAAGAAAAGGUGCUGUCGGGCACUGUGAAAGUAAAAAACGUGAGGUUUGAAAAGAAGGUUCAGGUUCGAAUUACCUUUGAUACAUGGAAGACCUACACGAACAUUGAGUGUGUAUACAUGAACAAUGUUUACAGUGAUUCUGAAAAUGAUACCUUCUCAUUUACCAUUGACUUUCCUCCUGCCAUUUCCUCAGAAGAGAAGAUAGAGUUUUGCAUUUCUUACCAAAGUGGAGAACAUACCUUCUGGGACAAUAAUGAGGGUCAGAAUUACAAGAUUCUCCAUGCAGAGUGGAAGCCUGAUGGUGUUCAGAUACCAUCUGCCAAGAAAGACUGUGUAGAUCUCCAGACUCCAAGGAGAGGACAAGAGAGAGACCCUGAUCAACUAGGCAGUCCGAGGUUGUCCAGUGGUCUCUUUCCUCAGUGGCAGAGCUUGGGUCGGAUUGAAAAUUCAUCACCAUAUUGGUGA